UCACUUUGUAGUUGUAUCCAGUCAACAAGGGGCUCUAAUCUUGUGGGAAGAGGACCGCAUUGAACUUUUGCCAGAAUCCUAACCGGAGGGCCCCACCAGCGGGCGAGGACAGUCCUCUCCAGAAGAUGCAGGGGAACAAGAAGUGCACAGACGGGCUCAGUGACUCCUCGAGCAUUGGCAGCGUGCUGGAUGACGCGGACAGGGAGGUGAGCAGCCUCACGGACAGGGCAUUCCGAAGCUUGUGCAUCUCAGAGGACACUUCUUUCCAUGACUCGGACCUAGCCCGAUCCCCGGAUAUCACCCGCCAGGUGUUUGGGACUUUUCAGGGAACAGUGAGCCACGCACACAGGAAAAGUGGCAUUUGGAGCCAGUUACCAUCACAGAGCACAGAGCACGCCGGCUGGGCAUCCACCUUCCAACAACUACCCAAGUAUGUCCAAGGGGAGGAAAAAUACCCCAAAAGCAGCCCCCCACCUACGCCAGCUCAGCAGAGACUGGAAGUGCCAGUUUCCGGCCUGAGGAGCAGCAACAAACCCAUUUCCAAAGUAUCGUCGUUAAUUAAAUCUUUCGAUAGGACAGAGAGCCAUCAUUGUGACAGCAGGCCUCCUACCAGCAAGCCUCCGGCCCUGAAAAAUCCCCCCAAAUUUGCUCCUCUUCCAGAAAGUGGAGUCAACUUCUGCUUUGAUUCUGCCUUUUUGACUGUCAGGAGGGUGCCUGCUGAAGUCUCCAGCACCCACCAGAGCAGCCACCAACCAGGCAGGAAGCAUGGAGAACAGGGGUCCCCUAAGAACCCUGAAAUGACGUGCCAUGGCUCCAGCAGCUUCCUGCCAACACCCGACAACACAGCUAGCUCAAAAUUCCCCUCUCCACCUCACAAGCCAGCCAAGGGUGAGCCUGGAAGAGGAAAGGACUGGGUCCACAAAGGGACCUUUCUGCACAGUGAGAACAGUGCAUUUGAGUCAUGGGAUGCCCACCAACCAAAGCUGCUCGAGAGAAAGGACACUGCUGAAACUGUCCCAGAAAGCAAAGCUCCCCAACAUCAUGAGGACAUGCCCUUGUUAAGAGAACCUCACCCUCCCGAGUGCAAAGUCUCUCCCUUCCAGGCCCGGGCCAGCUGCAGCCAGGAAGAGGGAAGACUGGCAGCAGGACCCUGGGGGUCUCAGGAUCCAGGACCCCAGGUAUUCCCCGUGGAGGGGAAACUUUCCAGCUCACAGCCUGAACCUCAGAUGAAGUCAACCCAACCCCCAUGGAGGAAACCAAAGACUGGCAAGGGAGGGAAAGAAAACCUGCAGGAUGCAUUGGAAGAAAAGAAACGGACCGACCGGAGAGGCCCACCUUUGUAUACAAAGCACAAUCCUCAAGGACAACUUCCAGAAAAUGAAGCUCUUGACAUGCCUCUGGACCCCAAAGAGCAUUACGAGCCUCCUUUUAACAUCAGUAAGCUCCUAACCCCCAUCAUACCCACCAAGCAUGCCCCGGAUUCAGCAGACAGCCAGCCAGAGGAGCUAGCCCUAUCACCCCCAGGCCAGCUAAACGGGUACCAAGAGAAGGAGCCCAGUGAAUGUCAGGCACGAGACAGCUACAAGUCCAAAGCCCCCAGUCUGCUGUUCAACCUCAAGGAUGUGCGGAAGCGCGUCAAGAGCACCUACAGUCCCUUACCGCUCCUGAAGGGCCCUGAUGAGAGAGCCAGAGGCAAGGUGGAUGGCAAGCAAGAACCUCUGAGCAAUGGUGUCUUCCUUCCCAACGGGCUUGAGGAAAGCCCUCCAAACGAGCUUUCUCAGGAGAGGCCAGCCGAGGCCCCUACUGCAAGGCACAUCGGCACCCAGGACCCCACAGCCAGCCCCAGUGCGUCCCCUGCACAUCCAACCCUUCGUUCGCCUCCAGCUGUCACCAAAGCGCCCUUCUGUGUCAACGGGGAGGUGGCCGAAAAGGGCAGUCACGAGAUGGACCAUGACGCCGAUGGAGAGUCAGAGAUGGGUCCUUCCAGGUCCAGCUGGGGCCCAGACUCCAGGGAGCGCCGCCCCAGGAAGCACCUGUCCCUGAAACUUUGCAAUAGGGAGACAGAGGCUGGAAAGGCUGAGGAGAGAUCGAAGACCCAGUACCUAGAGAGGGGGCUCCCAAGAUCCAUCUCCCAAGAGACAGAGCCUGAGAGAGAAGUGGGACUGCAGAGCUCACAUGUGAACCAGAAAGUCUCCCCGGGGCCCCUGUCUCCCGAGGAGGAGGACGUGUUUUACAGCGACACCCAGUCCGAUUUCAUGCCAGGCCUCAAAAGUAAGGCCAAGUUCAGCACCAGCUCUUCAGAUCAGUCCUUUGCGUCAUUCGAGGACCAGCACAAGACAUGGUUUGCCGAGAGCCAGCGGGAAGACAGGAAGAAGGAGGUGAGUGCAAGUGACAGUGGGAAGGACGAGGAGGAGCACGAUGAGUCGCAGCUCUGCGUCCUAAGCAAUGGGCACGCGAGCCUGGAAGAACACGGCACGGGGGCGUCCCCGAGAGAAGCAGGGAGUCUGUCUGGAGGGGGGUCCGUGGAAGCGUCCACAGAGGAAGCUCAUUUCAGUGGCUCGUGGACAGGGGGAAAUAAGGACACGGCGUCCUCACACGCCAAAGCCCUCACGCCCUCGCCAUCUUCUGCCACUAACAGGCACAUGCUGUUUGCGAUUAAAGACAACACCCUCAGGGCCACCCCCGUCAUCAGACCUGUCAUGCUGCCUCUCUUGAGGGCCAUGUCCUCUGAGGACGCACUGGGAGCUGGCCGCAAAGAGGAAGAGUCGAGGAGGCCAGGAUGGGGCGAGGAUGCUGGCCUGUGUGCCCCAGGGAGCCAGGAGGUGCCCAGUACCCCCACGCCUGCUAACGUGCAGGGCUCACACCUGAUGUGUGAAGCCGAUGAGGGCCCAGGAGACCCUGGGCAGGUGUUCAACUCUGCCAGGGCAGAGGCCUCUCAGUCAGCAGACCCGAGGAAGCUGGGCCCCUGGCAGCUCCCCACCAUCACUCUACCUGAGGGGGACAUAGAAGACCAGCCACCCCCGCAGCCGCUGGGAGCCUGUUGGGAAGAGCAGACACAAGGUUUCAAAAGUCACUUCUUGUCUACCCCCAAAGCAGGGCCCUCUGGGAAAAGGCUGGUGCCCGGGGAGACGGUGACUUCCCCCAACCCCAGCUCCCUGGGGGAGGGCAGUGCCUGCUCCCCAGCCGCCAGCAGCUUUUGGGAUGAAGCCUGCCAGGCCCCCAGCGAACUGGGGCUGCUGCCCGAAGAGCCUCCCCGCGCCGGCCCCUGGGCCAGCCCUGGCUCUGCCCCGGUCACCCGGAGGGAGGACCUGACACACGCCGUGCUAUGGGAGGCGGGCUCCGACCCCCAGGCCAAGUCGUGGGCAGAAGACCUGCGGGCGCUGUCGCCCAGAGCCUCUGCCGGGCACCCCGCUCAGAUGGAGAGGGCGGCGGGCAAGCCCCCCGCAGUGCCGCCCAAAACCGAGAAGGCCCUGCGGCGGGCCAAGAAGCUGGCCAGCAAGAGGAGGAAGACCGACCAGGCGCAGGAGAGGCGCGAGGGCUGGGAGGGCCCGCCGGGGGACCCCGAGCGCCACCCCGCCCAGCACCCCGCGGGCCAGCGCCCAGGAGAGGAGCACGCGGCAGCCACCGGCCUGGACAUCAUCUCCACCGACGACCUGGAGGACUUUGCCACAGAGGGCAUUUCCUGA